GUUUACCUUGCCACUGUUGAUAAGUUUUCUAGUCAUUAGUGAUGUCUUUAAGAAAGUUCCUCCCAGUAGCCUCUCUCUUUGGGCUGGCAACAGCUCAAAGUGAUUCAUACGUCAAUCAAACUGCAUGUAAUGGAAAAACAUAUACAUAUCAGGCACUAGGAGGCUAUGGAUAUAUUCCAGGUACCGCACGUGAUAAAUUCGGGGACACAAUUGGUGGAAUUGGGAGUGCAAUUGCGAUGGAUAGAAAGAAUUGGGAGAAGCUAGAUAAUGGAAGUUACACUGGAGUUCUGUGGGCCUUACCGGAUAGGGGAUGGAAUACAGAAGGCACCCUAAACUUUCAAGCACGGGUUCAUAAAUUUGAUAUCAUCUUCACACCAGCGUCUAAUGCGACUGUGAAAAAUCCUUCGGGAAAUAAUUUGUGGUUCGUAUAUAAUGACACGGUUCUGUUUUAUGGGCCGGAUGGGACGCCAACGACAGGACUGGACGCGGACGGAUCGGGUCAUUUGAGCUAUGCGGGGUUUCCCGAUUUGCCCGUGGCGACGUAUACGGGUGAUGGAUUCGGGGGAAGCGGGACGGGAGGGAAGAGAGUAUCGAUUGAUUCUGAGGGGUUGGUGUUGGAUGGAGCUGGUGGCUGGUGGGUUAGUGAUGAAUAUGGCCCUUAUAUCUACCACUUUAACUCCACCGGUACAAUGGUCGCCGCCAUCCGACCACCAGAUGCCUUCAUUCCCAUGCGUAAUGGCAGCGAAUCUUUCUCCGCUGACUCUCCCUACUACUACUCUGAUCAAGGUUCUGGCGAUGACGUCUCACCUGCCGAUAAUCCUACUGGUAGAGAUAAUAACCAUGGAUUUGAAGGUCUCAGUAUAUCCUCCGAUGGAAAAACUCUCUACACACUUCUCCAAGCAGCAAAUAAUCAAGAAGGAGGUCUGAAGUCCCAGACAGAACGCUAUACCCGUUUUCUCUCAUACGAUAUUUCAGACCCGGGAAACCCAUUAUAUUUGAGUGAAUAUGUGGUUCCUCUUCCUCUCUGGACAGAUCCAACGGCUAGCGCUAGCAAGAAUCCAAAGACAGCUGCGCAGUCUGAAAUUCAUGCCUUGCCUAAUGGACAGUUCUUGAUUCUGGCUAGAGAUUCGGGGUCAGGGAAUGGACAGGACAGCACGGAGAGUAUAUAUAGACAGAUAGAUAUUUUCGAUAUUAGUAAUGCGACCGAUAUCAAGGGGACGAAAUAUGAUUGUGCUAGUUGUGCGAUUGCGAGCUCGAAGGGGGCUCUAGGGAGUGGGAUUAAGACGGCGACGUAUUGUGGAUGGUUAGAUAUUAAUGAUAAUGAGGAGUUGGAGAGGUUUGGAGUGCAUAAUGGGGGGGACACGAAUAGAGGAUUGUUGAACGAGAAGUGGGAGAGUAUUGCUGUGGUGCCUGUUGAUGGGAAGGAGGGCGCGGAUGGGGAAUGGUAUAUUUUUAGUCUGAGUGAUAACGAUUUUAUCACGCAGGAUGGGUAUUUGGAGGGAGGAAAGUUCGCGUAUAGUGAUGGGAGUAGGUAUGAUCUUGAUAACCAGGCAUUAGUGUUUAAGGUGAAGAUCCCGGUGGUUUGACUGAGAAGAAUGGGGGUUGAGAAGGGGGUUAGGAGACGGGUUUGAAGGAAGAGAGUGGCUUCUGGGGUCGAGUGAUCCGACAGAGUGUUGUUCAAAGGGAGAAAUAGAGGUAGCACUUCAUAAAAGCAACGAUUUCUUUUUAUUUGGUAAAGCAACGGACUAAUAAUGUACAUGGAAGAUAUUAGCUAUCUUCGGCCUAGUUUAAACA